UCAUAAUAAUUCAAUAAGUGCCGUCAUGUCGAUUAAAACGUUUGCAACAUUUGCAAUAAUUAUUGGUUGUUUUGCAGUGUUAUAUCCCAGAUUUUUAAGCCCAAUGUUCAACCAUUUAUUGGGAUUUAAUCAAAAGAAAACGGAAGAAAAACAAGCACAGUUUCCACCUGGAUUCAAUAAAGCAAUGGGUGGUAAGCCAGAAAUGGCCAAACCUCAAAUUCCCGAUGAUAUAAGACAGCACUUAAGGGCGGGUCCCCAUCCUGGUUUAAGGGCCGCAGCAGAAAUGGGUCGAACCCAGGCCCAGCAUGGCAGUGGACGGGGAAUGAUGGGGAUCGUUCUGCCCAUGUACGCCGUGGGAAUAGUUCUCUACCUCGUCUACACACUCGUCAAGGUGUUCAACAAGAAGGACCCAAGUCAGGAUCGGGAUCGGGAUCGUUUUGGUUAUAGACCAAGUGGCCUAGGAAGUUUGUAUGACAAUCGUGAUGGCAACUUUACCUAUGGAGAUGAUUUUUCUAAUCCAGAAACCCUCCACAAUUUAAUACAGAGUAAACGGAAACAGCAGGAACUCGAAGACCUUUUGGUGCGCUCUGAUGACCAGAACAUAACAGCCACUGAAAUGCGAGAGCUACAGCGGCGUCUGGAGGAGACUGAGGCCCAGAUGUCAAAGAUUCUCUUCGCUAUGAAAAACGUCAGCACGAAAGUGGAUGGAGUUGCUGAGGAAACUGGUCCUGUGCAAACCAACAAUGAGGAAGAAAGUCCUGAUGAUAAGAAGUCUACAAAGACAGCAACUACUGAUUCAAGCCCAGAUAUGGAAAGUUAUGAAAUUGUUAAGAACUCUGCUGAUAGUAGUCCUGUUAUGGAGAGUGUUGGCAGAGUUGACAUUAGUCCAGAAAUUGAUGAUAAGGCUGCUGAAUUAACCAGUCCAGAGCCUGCUGUGAAGUCUGCUUCUGGAGUCACUGCAAGUCCAGAAAUUGACGAUAACACUGCUUCAGAAGACACCACAUGUCCAGAAUCUAUCGGGAAGUUUGCUUCGGAAGACACCAUGAAUCCUGAAACUUUGAUACCCGAGGAGAUGCACAAGAGUGAUUUGGGAGAAAUUCAAGACAUCAAUGAAAACCCCCAGGAUGCCAAUGAAAAUGCAACUGAUGGCAGUGAGAUGGGUGGUGAUGAGAAAGAACAGGUUAAACAAGGAUUGCGUUCUCUCUUUCAGAUGGCAGUGAGAUGGGUGGUGAUGAGAAAGAACAGGUUAAACAAGGAUUGCGUUCUCUCUUUCAGAUGGCAGUGAGAUGGGUGGUGAUGAGAAAGAACAGGUUAAACAAGGAUUGCGUUCUCUCUUUCAGAUGGCAGUGAGAUGGGUGGUGAUGAGAAAGAACAGGUUAAACAAGGAUUGCGUUCUCUCUUUCAGAUGGCAGUGAGAUCGGUGGUGAUGAGAAAGAACAGGUUAAACAAGGAUUGCGUUCUCUCUUUCAGAUGGCAGUGAGAUGGGUGGUGAUGAGAAAGAACAGGUUAAACAAGGAUUGCGUUCUCUCUUUCAGAUGGCAGUGAGAUGGGUGGUGAUGAGAAAGAACAGGUUAAACAAGGAUUGCGUUCUCUCUUUCAGAUGGCAGUGAGAUGGGUGGUGAUGAGAAAGAACAGGUUAAACAAGGAUUGCGUUCUCUCUUUCAGAUGGCAGUGAGAUGGGUGGUGAUGAGAAAGAACAGGAGGUGCUGAUGGAAAAGAAACUUGAUGAGGAUGAGGAACAUACGAAUGUCAGGUUGAGAAAACUGCCUGCUGCUUCCCAGGAUUGAGUCAAUUUAAAACAAUAAUAUGGUUCUGUGCUAUUAUUAAUUAUCUCAUGGCUUUCCAGUCUUUGCCAUGAGUAAAAUCAAGGUGAGCUGAAGAUCACUCGCCUGAAGUAGAGCUAGGUGAGCAAUCACAUGAAGUUUCAGAUAAAAUUUAUUAGAAGUUUUAUUGUAAGGUGAUCAGUUUGCUACUCUAUGAAAACAUUUCGGUCGAGUGUGCAGAGGAGCUGGAGUAAUCACUUGCCUGUCCUGUCAAAGACUGGGUUUCCAUGAGUGAACCUUCACAUGCAAAACAUCUACAGCUUGGCAUGACCUAAAUCAAUAACUGCACAAGUGUAGCGGAAAGUGUUGUCAUGUAAAUAUAGGUCUAAAAGUUGAGUGUUUAAAAAAAACAAAAACAAUUCAUUGGACUAAGAUGAUAGAAUAAUUUUUUGUCACAAGUAAAUCAAUUUCAAGAAUAUUUAACCUAAAAUAAUGGGCACGUAAAAAACAGAAACAUUACUGAUGUCGAAUUAAUGUUAUUUGAAUCUAGAACUAAUCUUGUGUAACAACUGUUGAAAUUUUACUUUGAUGUCACAAACUUCGGUGUUAAAAAAGGGACAUCAUUUAUUCUACAUGCUUAAUACCUGAGAUUUUACUAAUAAUUUGGAAUUUUAAAAAAAGAAGAGUGUUUGUUAUAUUGCCAAGUUGUAGGUUUCGCAUGUCCAUGUGAUGAUUAAUAAAUAAGAAAAUGCACACAUUGACAAUCUGCUGUGAAUCAAUAAAUGAUUGAGAGCAAGAAAGUAAUGCAAUAAUGCUAAGGUCAAUAACACUUUCCUUACCCGUGUUUUGGCUUUGUACACAAUAAAUAUAACAUAUCCAAGGAUACAUUUUUUAUUUGACAAAUGGUACUUUUUAUUUCUUUUAUCUUUUAAAAUUAAACUUAAUAUUUUGUCUAAAAUUAUGAAAAAUAGAAAUAUAUUGACCUGUAAAUGGUGUCUGUUUAAUACAGAACCCAGAACUAUUUUGACAAGGAUCAAGGUAGUAGGCUGGUUUUUAUUUUAAUAUGUAAUAAUAUAGCUAAUUUUAAAUUUUUCAAAUGACAUCAAUAUUCCAAUGUCACUUUGCAUCUCCUUACAAUAAUGUUUCCAUUUUUAUUGGAAAAUUCCAAUGCAAAGUUGCAAUUGAAAAUGUUUUGUUUGAACAUUACUAACACACCUGACGGUGUUUGAAGAAAACAUUAUAAUUUUUUUUUUUUACUAUUUAUGAAAUAUGAAUUUGAAAUGAAAUUGUGGUUAAAUAUAUUUAUUGUGUACAAAGCCAAAACAAGGGUGCGAGUAGUGACUGCUGUCGACUUACAGAUAUUCCUUCAUGUUAUUUCAUACAUUACAUAUCAUUGAAUUGAUGAUAUGUCAGAUUUGGUGUCUUCAUUUUCAUUUCAACAUCAGAAUCAUACUGAAUGGAUGAUUCAUAAAAUAAGGAUAUACCAUUUUGAGCUUUAAUUAGUGCAUUUUGCACAAAGGUAGAUAUUUUUAUGACGAUAGAUUUAUUACACUUAGUUUGAUAAUCUGAGGCAUGUGUUUGUAAUAUUGUAAAUUCAUCAAAUGGUUUAAAUAUUAAUUACCAGAUUGAGUACCGAUAUAAAUAUUUACCAAGAAUGCCUGCUUUGUAACUGCUAACCAGUUAUCACAUUGAGAAUAAGACAUUAAUGCCAGUACCGUAAUACUAUAAUAGCUAUUUACACAUGUGGGUUUGAAUACUUUUUUUCUGAUUAAACAAUCAAUCUAUAAAUAAUUUAUUAUAUAAGAAUUGUUUUUUUUAAUUGUGGGGAUAAAUUUAUCAAUGUAUAAUGGUCAUAAAUUGUAGGAAAUGUUAUAGUAUAGUUAAGUGAUUUUAUGCCAAAUUUCAUUAUUACUGACUGCCAUACAUUAAUAAGAGAAUUAAGAGAAUUCUGUAAAUAUAAAGACAUCCCAUUUAAAUUUUCUGCAUUUUAUUAAAGGAUGAUAUUCUGCUUUUAAUGACAUCAUCCACUUAGAUUUGAGUAAAUCAUUUAAGUGCACACAUUUUGUAAUUACAUGUAUAUUACCAAAAAUUUGAAAAUUUUACUUUUUUCCUUACUUGAAAUUCAGAAUGCCUGUUGAUAAUAUACAUGUACAAGCAACAGUUGAUGAUUCCAGAUUAUCUCUUGUUGAAUCUCAUGCUGUGCAAUAGAUUGUGAUAUUUCUUUAUUGAUUCUAUAUUCGCAACAUUAUUUUAUUUUAUUUAUUUGCUCAUCUUAUGUUCUUUUAUAUUUAAUACUUUACUCUGAAUUAUAAUGGGUUGCCUUUUGUCAUAUUGUUUCCCUUGUCUUAAUUACAUAUAUGAUAUUGUUUUUAUCAUCAUGCUACAACUGCAUAAUGCUUGUCACUCUGUGCAUUAAUUGUUAUUGAAAAUUUAAAAAUAUAUACGAGUAUGAGGAAGUAGAAUUUGAAAUAAUAUUAAUUAAAGUGAUUAUGGUGAUUUUUAUUGUUUUUGUUACACUUCUAAUUAUAUAAUUAUGUAAAAAAAGAAA